GGUACGAGGUUCAGUGCAUCUCGUUUAGGGCUGUCACACAAAUAAAAAUGAAGAAUGUGUACUGGUUUUCCACAUAUGUAAACUUUGGCGUCGCUUUUUUUUACCAAGACUUCUGCAGCGAGGUGCUGCUCCGAAAAAAGCUCACCCACCUUCUUCCCUGGAGGAGGGAAAAGGAAGGGGGGAGAAGCUGGUUGAAAGGGAGAGUUUCUUUGUAAUGUCAGCAAACAUUUGAUUAUUUGGCAAAAAGCUGAUGUGGAUUGUGGUCAAACUAAAUAAACCACCAGGAACCUGCAGUUCUUUGCCUGGCACACUGUACAGAACUUCUCCAACCUUUCUGCUGGUUGCUGCAUGCCUGGAACUGAGGAACUGCAUAUGGGCUUCCCAAAAAUUCAGGUGAAUCCCAAAGCAGGCGAGUCUCAGUGCAAGGAGCAGCGUGCGGUUCUGCUUUGCCCCGUGGGGAAGCUCCAGAUCUCUGGGUGUGAAAUGGGCUUACACGAGAUAAAACUCCCCAAAAUGAGCGUGCUGCCAAGUCGGGCAGAGUCCUCGGCCACCUGGGAGGUGUGCGAGGGCGCGGAGGAGAUGACGGAGCCGCUGAAGCAGUGCAUGGCCUGGCUGCACGCCUACUUCUGCCAGCCAGCGAGGAUGGAGAGCCUGCCCCUGCCAGCCUUCCACCACCCCCUGCUCCAGCAAGAUUCCUUCACCGGGCAAGUGCUGUGGACCCUGCUGAGAGAGGUGAAGUUCGGGGAGGCCGUUUCCUACAAGCGGUUAGCGGAGCUGGCGGGCAACGGCCGCGCGGCCAGAGCCGUGGGGGGAGCCAUGAAGAGCAACCCCAUCCCCAUUAUCAUCCCGUGCCACAGGGUGAUCCUCAGCAGCGGGCAGAGCGGCCACUACGGAGGAGGAGGCCCCAUGAAAGAGUGGCUUUUGUCGCACGAGAAGCUGCAGAGAGAGAAGUGGGCGUUGUGAUGGGGCCCAGCCCCGGCUGCCGAGCAGCCCCCACGUAGGCCCCGCUCUCCCAGCACCCGGCAGAACCCAGGAAAAAUGGUAAAUAUUUGAGUGACAUAUAAAUAUAAUGCAACAUCCGGAGCGAAAUGCGCGGUGGCACCACUAUAUUAAAACGGCGGGAUGCGUCCUGGGGGAUGCAGCUCCUCUGCCCUUUCUUGUUUUUACAUUUUACAGCAGAAUGACUACAGCCGCCCAGGCCUUGUUGUGCACGGAUUUUUGUUCCCAUCUCCAGCCCUGUUUUGUUCUAUUUUUAAUGUCCAUUAAAGCUGGGAUAAGGGAGUGGGAGGGACGUGGUGAAUCCGAGGUGUGAGCCUCCCCCCUGAGGAAGCCGCCAGCCCCGGCUGGUCCCUGCCCUCCCUCGUCCCCCCCAGCCAGGAACUGGGAUUUAUUUACCCCGAUGGGAGGGAACGGAGCCCCCCAGGAUGGGUGGAAAAGCAAACGGCUGCUGAGCUGCUUGUUCCUGGCUUUUUUCUGUUAGAAUUCCAAAAGAUGGGAAUAAUAUUUUUGCCCCUGUGAAUGGUGCAAGAAGCAGCGGAAGGGACGCUGCUGGCAGAUGGUAUGAAAAGUUUAUUUUAAGUAAGUUUGAUUAGCACAACUUGGGCAAAAUAUCGAACAACCCAUCAUAGUUGCUUCUUCAGCAGCAGCACGUUUUCUUUCGGCGUUUGAAUUUUUCCUUUUCCUUUAGAUUUUUUGCAUUUCUCUGUUGGGUGAAGCUUUAUUUCCCGCAGCCUCUCUGCAGGAAGGAUUUGGGUCUUCAAGAGGUAUUAAAGCCCAGUUUUGAGGUGGUUUAAGCAGGGUUCUCUGCAAGUAUGAGCCACCAGAAGCUGAAAUUUUCAGUAUGGGAAUCGUAAAUUCUAACGUGGAAAUACUGAUUUUUUUUUUUUUAUGUGUUUUAUCAUAUUUUCAUAGAUGUCUCUUUAGAAAGGCCAUUGCUAACGGAGAAAUUAUUGCGUUCCGAUGCGUUAGUUAAUAUAGCAUUAUUGAUACCUCAGAAUUACUUCAAUAAAAAAACUGCUUUGCAUGUA